AUGUCUAAUACCAGGCAGAGGCUAAAACUUUUAGUAUGGCUAACUUUAGGGAUUUUCUUGUUCAUUGUUGUAGUUGUGGUUUUUGUUUACUUGAGAAGAAGGGCAGAAAAAGAGAAGUGUAGUGACAUAGAAAACACCGAGGAGAAGCAUGGAGAUCAUGGGACAGAGACAACAGAGGACUUUGUGGCUUUUCAAGGUGGCCAAGACUUAACAAUAAGUGACAUUCUUGAUGCACCAGGAGAAGUUAUAGGGAAAUCCAACUAUGGUACUUUAUACAAGGCCUUCUUGCAGAGGAGUAACUGUGUGAGGUUGCUUAGGUUCUUGAGGCCAGUUUGUACAGCAAGAGUCGAAGAUUUUGGUGAUGUGGUUCAGUUGCUGGGGUGCAUUAGACAUCCCAAUUUAGUGCCUCUUUUGGGGUUCUAUGCAGGGCCUAGAGGUGAAAAGCUCCUUAUUCAUCCCUUUUUCAGGCGUGACAAUCUGGCUCGUUUCCUUAGAGAUGGAAAUGCCGAGUCGCACAAAUGGACUGUCAUUUAUAAGAUAUCUAUUGCAAUAGCUAAAGGAUUGGAUCAUCUACACACUGGAUUUCAGAAGCCUGUAAUUCAUGGGAAUCUCAAAUCAAAGAAUGUAUUAUUGGAUCGCAAUUUCCAGCCAUGCAUCUCCGACUUUGGCCUACAUCUUCUCUUGAAUCCUACUGCUGGCCAGGAAAUGCUUGAAGCUUCUGCAGCUGAGGGAUAUAAAGCUCCCGAACUUAUCAAAAUGAAAGAGGUCACCGUGGAGACUGAUAUAUAUAGUCUUGGAAUAAUUCUGCUUGAAUUACUUUCAGGGAAGGAACCAAUCAAUGAGAAUCCAACCGCUGAUGAGGAUUUUUAUCUGCCAACUUUCAUGCGAAACGCAGUCCUUGAUCGUAGAAUUGCUGAUUUAUAUCAUCCAAACAUACUUCUUAGCAAUGUUAAUGAUAAUGAAAGACCAGUUACUGAAGAAUGUAUCUUGUGCAAUAGUUACAACAAAGUCGAUGACAAGGAUGAUGUCAACGUGCGUGGGGAAAGUGGAAAUGGUUAUUCACUUCAAGCAAAAAAGUUGAUAGCUUCAGCCACAGACACAACAAGUGGAGGUUCGUGA